AUGGCAGAAACACUCGCGUUCUCUCCACUAUCGCUUAACCUUCCUAAUUCUCGUAUGAGCGUGGAUUUCUCGUCGUUCGCUACCACUCAACUGAACUCUUACAAUGGCGCCGCUCAGACGAACAGAGUACAGCCACAACCACCUGUUUACGGUACGGUGGCACGUCGACCCGUGGCUAAACCACUGCCACUACCGAAGCUUGAAGAAGAGGUCUCACCGCUCACUUCGGGGCCUUCCCGUCAAUCGUCAAGGAAAUGGCUCUGGACUAGAGCCAGCACGACCCGCGGAGAACGAUCUGAGUCACCGGUUACUACACUCUCAAGGACGAACUCUAGCGCUUCCACAGGUUCAUCCGCGUCGAAUUCGUCGACGGUCGUAUCUUCGGUUUUCUCAAAUGCACCCUCUAUCUCCACCGCACGCACAUCACACUCUUCAAUGCGUUACGCCAAUUCUCUCGAAUCCUGUCCGGAAGAAGCCGCGGGCCUCUCAUCUCUGCCGCUAUCGUUGCUCGAGCAUAUUUUGGAGUACGUUCUCUGCGUGCCAUUAACAGUGUCCAUUGGGCCGCAAAACACGGAUAACCGGCACAUGCAAUAUCGCUACCACCGUGCCGGCUUGGACUACAUGGACAUCCAGCUCAUCCUUAAGCAUCCCGUCUUCAUGGUCUCCCACCGCUUUCGCGAAGUUGCGCUAGACGUAUUCUAUCGGAAGUGCGACUUCGUCAUCGACCUUCAGAGGAUCUAUCACACCAGAGUCGCCUCCACCAUGAAUGACAAUCUGAAGAGGCACCAGAAGUUUUGGAUCAACGACCCGCCAAAGAUGGUGAGGGAAACCCUUCGGAAUGUUUCAAAAUUGCAUCUUCGCCUGCCGGUUCCAUGCAGCGAGGCCAACGCUCAUCGCGGCCGGGAGGAGGACAGUUGGAUGGACGGCAGUGAUGGCCAAGGUGGUGGGGGCUGGAGGAUCAAGAGCCUGAAGAGGGAGCAGGAAGACGCGGUGGAGAUUCAGAAAUGUCUAGAGGCCAUCAUGAAGCUCGUCAUGACCGACCUAGAGACAGACCAAAGUGCACGGGGUCGGCCCGGCACACUCAGCAGAACCGGUUCGUUCCGCCGGAUGGGGAGCUUGCAAAGGUCGAGAAGCAAGAGCCGGGAGCGUCAAUCGCAAGGUCACGGAGCAAGCACACCGGAUUCCGACGACAACGACGGAAAGCGGAAACCGCUGAAGCGAUUGGAGGUCGAUCUCGUGAAGCGAAACUCCUACGUCAUGGUUCUGCCAGCAGAGACGCUGGGAUUGAUCAAGAUCUUGCGCUCAGUCCCAGUGACAGGCUUCACGAAGUACUUCUUCGAGCUUGAAGAACAGAAGAUGCUUUGGGCAACGAAAUACAGGAAGAGGUGGCAAGGCUUCGAGCCAGAUGGGACGAGGCUCCUCGCCGACUUGCAAGGCCUCGCCGUCGCCGCGCGUCCUAUCGAACCAAUUCGCACUCCGACCGAGUUCAAGUUCGUCAAUGUGGGUAAAGGCGGAAAGCUGCAGCUCGCAGAAUACGCCAUCCCUAGGACGCCCAUCGCCCUCGACAGACCCAACACCGCGGAGAAGAACUUGCCCAACGCACCGCCUCUGCCCGCGAAUGCCACCGUACGCCGUAAGCCUGGGACUUGGCCUUGGAAGAAGUCUCAUAAGCGCAACGACAGCUUCGCGCAUGUAAUAGAAGAAGGUAUGGAUGUGCUGGGUUCAAGUGGGACGUCAACAUCAGGGCGCAAUCAGCCACCCACCGUUGAUGAACUCAGAAAGAUUGCAGAGGAUAUCAGGAAUGGGCUGUAUUAA